AUGGUCUCGUACUGUAACAAUGCCGUAUACUACACGUUAAUGACUCAACAAUGCCCAAGGACUUGUGGACGUUGUACGUCGUCGUCCGUCACUACAAUUCCAACAACCUGUGUGGACAAAGUGAACGCUCGCACGGGUGUAUCGGAUUGCCCAUCGAUGGCCUCCUACUGCAACAAUGCUGUUUACUAUACGCUCAUGACCGAACAGUGCCCAAGAACGUGUGGACGGUGCACCACCUCGUCCAGUAGUACGACGAGCACCACCACUUGUGUGGACAAAGUCAACCCAUCAACAGGCGUUUCUGAUUGCCCAUCAAUGGCCUCGUACUGCAAUAAUUCAGCCUACUACACAUUGAUGACACAGCAGUGCCCAAGGACUUGUGGACGCUUGCACGUCGUCGUCCGUCACUACCUCUACAACAACAUGUGUGGACCAAGUGAACGCAGCUACAGGUGUGUCCGACUGUGCCAGCAUGGCUGCUUACUGUAG